GGCACAGGCAGGUUUCAAAACACGGAGAGGAAGCGAGAUUUAAUGGAGGGAAAAACAAGUAAAUAAAAACUUUAAAUGUCCUACUCUGUUGUAAUCCCCUUCUCACAAUGAAUUGGUGUCUGACCGUUGUUUUUGGAUAUGCCUUCGCUGCCUGUUUUUUGUUGGGAACAUGUGUGUUACAAGCCAGUUCCACCCAGAGCGUGGACACCGCGCCUGAUGACUUCAUAGGGUUCGACUCAGUCCCUGACAAAGUGGCAGAUGGCCCGGUGGUCCGUGCGCGGUAUCAGUGCUCCAGGCCAUGUCUGCUAGCAGUGGAAGUGGUGUUGUCCACAUUGAGAAAGACGGAUUUGGUGGUCUUCAGGAGACAAUGGAUCAGCAGCACACCCGGAGUGGUCAGGAUCCGGCGGGUGUUGCUCACAUUGCCUGCGCCCGUGUCCCAUCAUCACCGCCGUUUCCACGGGAGCACGGGAGCACGUGAGACCCAGAACGUGACGCUUCAGGCUUGGCUGUCUCAUUUAAAAAAAGGCAGCAACAUCAGCUCCACGUUGAAGAUUUACAAAGAGCAGCGGGUCGUGCAGCUUCCCCUGUGGCCGAGAGCAGCGGCCGCUGGGUGCCCGUCAUGGUCUACUCAGCUCAUGUGGCUGACGUCCAACAACAGAAUCCAUCAGUGCCCACACGAGUCAGAUGUGAUAGAUAUGCUACAAUUCCCCCUGGCAAGCACCGGUGAGCCCUUCGGGGUGGUCCGCAGGUUCCAGCCUUUCAUCAACGGAGCCCUGGAGAAAGCGCGUCUUCAUGCUGUAACAGAGCCCAGAGUCACCUUCUCCGUGUGGAUCUACCUGCAAAGGUGGUGUCAGAAGAAGCUCUGUGGGAUCAUCCAUCAUGUGGAUAAGAAACAUCUAUUUGACUCGGUGCUGAUCCAACUCUCAGAAACAGGAGACAUCAUAAUUCAGGCCCGCAUGACAACCGGGGAAGAUGAAGCGUUCCGAGCCUACCUAAUGUUGCCCCUGUGGAAAUGGAUUAGAUUGGACUGUUACAUACUGGACUCAAAGGUGUUGCUGAACAUAACAUGGGAUACAAAGAGUCAGAAAUUUGAAUAUGUAUUUAGAAACAGUAUCCGCUACGAUGACACGGAUGGAUACUUUGUGAUUGGAGGAGGCAGAUACAUGCCAGGCAUCCGUGGCUACUUCGGCCCUUUCAAGUAUUAUCGUUUUGGAACCGACGAGAUAAAAAAUCAACUUCACCCCACGUCAACCGUACGGGGGCUGGACAGGGUUCACGCGGAGUGUCAGGAAAUGCAGACAUUUACGAAAGCGUUUCUCCAGCGAGUAGCCGAGAGUCACCUUCCGUCCCAGGCCAGCGAAGCCGUUUGCCCCAACAUCCUCCUGAGCUUUUGGGCUCAGUUUGACAGCAGGAAGACAACAUGUGCGCAGACAUGGACCACGGAAACACAACUGAAAUACGUCACGCUCUUUCAUUUCCUGCAAGGAGAGGGGGAGAUGAUCCUAACAGGACAUUUGGGUUUGAAGCAGCUUGGAAGUAUUUUGUUCGAGCUGACGGUUAGCUCCGUCUUCCUUGUGGAAGACAAACAACUAAAGAUCCUGCCCCGGUCGAUGGCUCUGUUGCAAGCAUCCUCCUGCUUUGGAAAUCACAGAGCGUCUCUGUUGUUGGCCACCAUCUACCUGUCUGGCCUGGGUCGCCCGGCCAAUCAGGAACAGGGUCAUGUCUAUAGCUUGAUCGGGGCCUCUGGAGAUGACCGUUUUGCCCUGAUGCACGCGGGGUUCAAGCACACAUAUGGACUUGAUGGGUUUCCUCAAGACCUGGACAUGGCUUAUGGCUACUAUUCCAACGUUGGCGAGCAGAGCGGCAUCGACAGCUCGCGAGCACAUGGAUACAAGCAAUACACACCUCAGUUGAUCUAUUUAGACAAUGAAGAGGACUUAAACACCCUGACAGAUGAGUCCAGUGAUGUCUUCCAGUAUUUACAAUACCAAGCAGAAAGAGGAGACCUGGAAGCCCAGAGACGUCUGGGAACAAUGCUUUACUGGGGACAAAACGGAGUCACCAAAGACAUCGAGAGCGCGGUGAAGUGGUUUGAGAGGAGUGCGAUGCAAAUGAAGGAUCCCGCAGCAGUCUACGACUACUCCAUCCUACUAAUGAAGGGCCAGGGAGUGAAAAGAAACUAUACUCAAGGUUUUCGGCUUCUGAAAAAAGCAGCCGCAAUGGGCUCAAUUAAUGCCCUGAACGGCCUAGGCUGGUACCAUGGGAUUGUGCUGAAGGACCACAGAAACGCGGUGAAAUACUUUGAACAAGCUGCCCUAAAUGGGAGCGAUGAUGGGAUGUUCAACCUGGGAAUUUAUCAUCUCAGCGGAGAAAACCCAGACGAGCCGUGGAGGAAUGAGAGUGCUGCAGUCAAGCAGUUUCUGAACGCCUCGCGCCUCGGCCACGUGGCUGCGUCACUGGAGGCAGCGUGGUACCUUUCGACAGGAAGCCUGGAGGGGGUUUCUCAGGAUGUGGAGGGGGCUGUGACGUUGCUACAAAGGGUCUGCAAACAGAACGGCCACCUUGGAUUCCUGAUCAGGGAGGCUCUUCAGGCCCACCUCCAGGGAGCUUGGGAGGAGGCACUGGCUAAGUACAUCCUGGCUGCUGAGGCCGGUCUGGGUUUAGCCCAGGGUAACGUCGCUCACCUGUGCGAGGAGCUCAGCUUGGGUUAUGACUGUCGGUGGAGAUAUCACAACCACUCUAUAUUAAACUCUGAUCCUCAUCCAUCCGCCCUGCUGAAAAUAGGAGACUACUACUACUAUUCCUCCAGCACACGGGGGAACUCAUUAUCCCUGGCUGAGCAGGCCGUAUCAAUGUACGGCAGAGCGGCUCUGGCUGGCAGCCCUCAGGCGAUGUUCAACUUAGCCGCCUUGGCUCAAGAAGGGAUCAUCCUUCCGCAGAGCGUCCUCAGCCUCUUCAACACGUCCCGCUGCGAUGGAGUGGAGUGCGUGACGGAGAGGAUCUUAAAAAGAUGUGCCGAGAUUGAGAAUGAUGAGGCAGUCACACCCUGUUCUUUAGCUCUGCUCGGACUCCAGAUGGGAAAAGCCUGGAGGAGCGUGACUCAGAGCCGAGCACAACUCCUCUUGGCGUAUGCCUCCAUUGCCUCCUUGUUUGUCUUUGUAGUUGUGGCGCCAUUGCACGGCUGGCUCGAGCAGAGAAGCAGGGCAUCUGCUCUGAGGAGGAGGAGGAGGAGGAGGAGGACAGCUCCCGUCAGCCAAACGGACCAAGCAGACGACACGGGGAGAGCAGCAGGGAGUGUGUGGCUCACUGUACAUGACGAACAGCGGCUCAGGCAGGCCAGCGAUUUGGCUGUGACUCUAUCGGGUGUGUGCCUCACUGCUUUAUGGACCACACUCCUCUAUCAUCUCCUACAACAGACAAUUCCCAGCACAGUGAUCCAAUAGCCAAAGCAAAAAAAAAAAAAAACAUCCUUAUCGGAAGAGCCUACAUUUAGAGGACACACACCAUGGACUGUUCAGGUUUCUGAGCAAUGUGACUCAUCGUAGGACAUAAAGGAGAAUAUUAGGAGUCAUAAUGGAGGAGAGCAGCUUUAUCUAGUGGUGAUAAUGUCUGCUCAGUAGCAAUAUCAACUGUUGAUAGAAAACAAAAAUAAACCACUUAUCAGAGCUUGCAGUCAAACAUCUCUGGGUUCACGUUGCUGCUGAUAUUUUUUUUUAUGGCGUGGAUAUUAGGCAGGAGUUUGAACCUUCUCUUUUAUCACAUGCAAGUCAAAAACAGAUAUAGAGACAAGGGCUGCGCGUUUAAAAAAAAAAAAAAAAAAAGAUUCAACCUCGGGGAUGAUAAUGUAGGGAGAUGUUUUACCUGGUUCUUUUUAAUAAGUCACCUAUUAAGGCUUGUUCCUGGUCCUAUCAGUGACAAGCUGAUGAUAAACGCUCCUCAGGAGACAAGGAUACGCCGCAAAAGUAUGUGGGGCACAAAGAAACCCGAUGUUCGGUCUGAAAGUAUGUGCCCGUAUGAAAGCCAAAUGUUGGAAUUUCACAUUUUUAUUGACUCAAUCUCCGUGCAGGUACCCAUGGUCAACGAUAAGACCAAAAGUAUCAGCUGUGCUCAUGGAUAAUGAGAGCUUGCCUUGAAACAAAGGUGACCACAGCAACAGGUGAUCUUUUUUUUUUAAACCCUAUCUCAUGCAUUGUUGGGACGAGGAUAAAAUAAAGCAUCUUUGUUAAGUCAGGGUGUGAGUAAAACAAACAUAAUGGGAAAUACUCAGUGAGUUACGGUGUUGUUGUGCCUGCCAACCAAUAUAAAGCGAGGAGCGUGUCACUUCUUCUAACAGUUGUUUACAGGUCUGACCGACCGAGAUGUGAUAAUGUGCCGUUUGUAGCCGGCAUUCACGGAGCUGUCAUUAGGCAAAUUAGGAGUUGCACGGUGUAAACAACUCCAUGUGGAGCCGCUUUACUUUACAGUGACUGUGUUUAAUUUAAAGCUAGUGAAUGUUAUGCUGCUUUUGUCCUAUACCUCCUAAACACGAGUUAUUUUACCUUGUUUUUUUCCAUUUUACUAAAAGAAGAACAAUAUUCAUGUUGAGAUGCACUGCUUAAUCUUAGGUCUUUUCUUUUUCCUUCAUGAAACGAGAACUAGAUAUGUGAUCACCUGCUCUGGUUCUGAUGAAAACAAGGUGAAAGAAGUUUGAAUGUAUUCUUUUAAUUUUAUUUUAUGGAACAAGACCCACAUACAUGUUCAUAGUUUCUGGUUAAAUGGUUACAAAAGAGGUUAAGAAAUUGAAAUAGUAAACCAAAAUGAGUUUCAAAAUGUAAACAGCUCCACUGGUUUACUUUAAACAGACUUUGUGUGAUUUAAAGUUAAAUAUUAUUCCUCCUUUCCCCCCCUACCGCUGAAACCAUCUGUCAUCAUGGUAGGAUGCUGUCUAUCAUGCACCAUCACUGUUCAGAACAGCGUAUAAAUCUCUCACUCAUCACUGGACUUUAUAUUCUCAGAUUAACUGGCCAUCGUUAUCAAUCAGUAGUCUCAAGCAUUAGUAUGUUUUCAUCCAUAAAGCUAAUCGGAUUGUUACCGCCUAAAAAUCAUUUUAUCUCUUUCAGGGUUCUAUUAGUCUGACCAGAACUUCUCUAGCCCAUCAAGUUUUACCACUCUGUUGCAGGGUCUGAAACUAUCCACGUAGCUUCCUCUGGGAAUGUGUUUAAAGAAAAAAAAAGAAAUCUCUUUUUUUUUUUUUUUUUUUAAAUGUUUGCUUAUUUAACCCGAGUUGAAUCUGUGUAUUGCUACUGUUUUUUGUUUUUAUCAAAACAGGUCUCUUCUGUAAAUGAGGUCUUGGAUGUCAUUGAGUCAACCUGUAUAAAUAAACUUUAAAAAAAGAA